AUUUAAUUUUACGAAUAGAAUUUGCAUUAACUUUCUGUCGUAUUGUUUUAAUUCUUUUCUUCAAAUAUAUAUUUUAAAUAGCUAAAAUAAGUUAUAAAUUGUGUAAAUCAAUUUUGUUCUUUAUAAUCCUAUCCAUUACAUUACCAAUAUAUAAAGAUGUACACUUUCUAAGGAUACAUUUUUAAAUCAAUAACUAUGGCUAACGAUAGAGAAGUUUUACGUGAAAUUUGGGAUGGAAAAAUACCAAUAUGCUUCCAUCUAGCGCAAGAGGAAAUAAUGGAGAUUCAGCAACCUGAUCCGUUUUACGUAAUGGUGCCCCGACUUAGUUAUUUUCCCCUGGUUACUGACAAGAUGAAGAGACAUUUUUUGCGGUACAUUUCCCAAGAGAAUGCGGACAAUGAAAUGUGGCUUGACUAUAAUGGGCAAGCACUGAAAUGGCACUACCCAAUUGGCUUCCUGUAUGACUUAUUCUGUGGGAAUGAUCCUCAACUGCCCUGGACUUUAACAGUGCACUUCACAAAAUUCCCUGAAACUGUUUUAUUACAUUGCCCAAAUAAGGAUGUAGUAGAAGCACACUACAUGUCUACUGUGAAGGAAGCUGAUGUGCUAAAACACAGAGGACAAGUAAUGUCCACAAUGCAGAAGAAAGACCAUAACCAGCUAUGGCUGGGACUGCAAAAUGACAAGUUUGACCAAUUUUGGGCCAUAAACAGAAGAUUAAUGGAAUCUCAUGGAGACAAUGAAGGUUUUAAGCACAUUCCUAUCAGGAUAUACACAGAUGAUGGCAUUUCUUGUCAACGGCUGAUCAGUCCUAAGAAUAAUGAUGGCAGUCGGAAAACUGUACAACAACUUUUAUCAGAGUUGUAUCCUGACAAACCUGAAGUUAAAUUAAGAACACAUGGUGUAUUAAUACCAUUGGACACGCCCCUUCAGUGGCUUUCAGAACAUAUGAGCUAUCCAGACAACUUCUUACACAUUUGCUUGUGUUAAUUGGUCAUAAACCUUAAUAAGGCUUAGACUACACUGUAUCAGUAUUUCAGAGCUUGCACAUAUAUAUUUUGCUCUGAAAUGUUGCCUGUCAUAGACUAUAUAAUAUCAACAAGACUGUAAGACAGUCUCUCUGGUAACAUUCAUGUAGAUCCCAUUCCUGAAUUUCAAUUUAAAAUCUAAAAUAUUAUAUGCUUUACCAUUCACAUCAUCAUUGUGAGAAGCGCUUGAAUUAAUUUUCUGUUAAAAUAGUAUAAAAAUAACAUGAUGAAUUGUUACAACCUUGUACUGUAAUAUAGAAACGGGAUAAAGCAAUUGUUUUUGACAAUUUGGCUAUAGCACUUUUCGUGUUAUGGUUCUUUUUGUAGAGUUGAAUGUGUAGUCUCAGCCUAAAAGCAAUUUGCUUUAAGAAUAUAUUUUUUCAAUGUUAAUUUAAGUGAAACCUAAGCUUUGUGUUAAAUGUGAUGCAUAUUAAUAUAUUUGUAAUAAUACAGUAAGUACAAUAAAAUAUCUACAUUCCUG